ACACCAACCAUUUUCUUCUUGUUCUUCUCUACACUAAUAGUAAUCUCUCUCUCUCUCUCUCUCUCAUGGAAAACCAUCAAGCAAUCUUUCCGUGUUCAUCCUCAUCAACAUCAUCAGCCUCUGACUUAUCAUUAAACAUGGUGAAUUCCCAUGCUUAUACUGAAUUUCAAGCUCACAAACCAAAUGGGUUUUUGGGAUUGAUGACAAACAUGGGUGCUCCAAAUUUACGAGUUAAUGAUGUUUCUCAAAGCCAAAGGUUUGUUGGGACCGCAACUAAUGAAGUAAAGUCAUCAUCAGGUAAGAAAAAGGGAGAUACGAAGAUUAGGAAACCUAGAUAUGCUUUUCAAACAAGGAGCCAAGUUGAUAUUCUGGAUGAUGGGUAUAGAUGGAGGAAGUAUGGACAGAAAGCUGUCAAGAACAACAUCUUUCCAAGAAGCUAUUAUCGAUGUACUCAUCAAGGUUGCAAUGUUAAGAAGCAAGUUCAACGACUAUCUAAAGACGCAGGAGUAGUGGUGACAACUUAUGAUGGGAUGCAUUCGCAUCCAAUUGAAAAGUCUACUGAUAAUUUUGAGCAUAUUUUGAGUCAGAUGCAAAUUUACUCUACCUUUUAAGCUCACAAAUUGCAGAGACAAAAAAUAUUUAGUAAAACAUGUACUUUCAAAUUAGGCUUGAAAUAAAAUGUGCCAUCAUGUAUGCUUGUAGGACCUUAGGUACAACUUACAAUAGUUAAUUUAGAUUGUUUCUAUGUCUUUUCUUUAUCAUGUAAGAUAUAUGAGAUUUGCAUUACUGAAAAUAGGAGGAAUGUCCUACACACAAUAGUGAAUUCGGCAAAAAUCUUUGUAAUCAGGAUGGAAAGAGAAGGAUUUGAACCUUCAGAGGAAUGUCCUGUACAAAAUUGUGAAUUCGACAAAUAUAUUUGUAAUUCAAAAUGGGAAGAGGGGGAUUUAUAAAUAACUUGUACAACGAAUUAGCAAUAUCUACAACUACUCUCCCGUAGGGGUUUUUACGUUAUUGGAAAA